AUGCUCUCACGUGUUGCUGCAGUGAAGGCGCACCGCACACACAACCGUCGCCGCGUGACCGGAUCCAGCGGAGGGAGGAGGGAAGGAAGAGAGAGUGAGCCGCAGAGGCCCAGCAUGUCGCGGCAUCUCUUCUACUCUGCGGUGCCGCUCCUCCUCCUCUUUGUUGUGAUGAUGUGCUGCUGCGGCUGUGAAGCUGCGUCCGCUGAUGGAAGUAGUGGGGAAGGGAAAGCCGUUGAUCCUUUUCACGGAACGAAACCGGCGCCCUAUGAAUGGCACGAAAUGACUGGAUCCGAGGCGGCAGCCGACUCGCUUCGUGUUCCCAGCCUUGCCGAGGUGGCCGGCGGUGUGUUUGCCGUUGCUGAAGCUCAGUGCAGUGAAAGGGAUGGAGCCUGCGGCCAUGCUGCGAUUGCAACAACGCACAUUGAGACGGACGGUGGUGGCUCAAAGGCGAUCUCGGCGAUGGAUGCAGGCGUGUCUCUCGUAGAACUUGUGGAUGCCGCCAGUGGUACGAUCAGGACACGAGAAAGGAUGCAGCCAACGACAAUUGUGAGCGGCGACAGUGUCUACAUGGCCCUUGGGGACUACGAGAAGAAGACGUCUGGGGACGAGGCUGCCGAUGCAGAUGGCUGGAGGCUUUUACUGACGCGGGGAACUCUCACUGAGGAUGGUGGGCAGAAGAAAAUCAUGUGGGGUGAUAUCCGUGCGGUGGACCCUGUGGCCAUCGGGCUUACUCAAUUCCUGAAGAGGGUGAUCGGUGGCGGAGGAUCGGGUGUUGUGACGAAGAACGGUUACCUUGUGCUUCCCAUGCAGGCAGUAGAAAAGGAUGGAAGGAGUGUUGUACUGUCCAUGCGUUUCAACAUUCGUAUGGAAGCAUGGGAGCUCUCGUCCGGUACGACAGGUAUUAACUGCAAGGAACCAUCCAUCGCGAAUUUGGAAGGAAAUCUAAUUUUGAUUACUUCUUGCGCUGCCGGCUAUUACGAAGUAUUCAGGUCCAUUGACUCUGGGAUAAGUUGGGACAUGAGUGGUAGGCCAAUUACUCGCGUGUGGGGCAACUCGUAUGGUCGAAAAGGGUAUGGCGUUCGCUGUGGCCUCACCACGGUAACCAUUGAGGGAAGGGAAGUGCUGCUUGUUACCACGCCAGUGUAUUUGGAGGAGAAAAAAGGUAGGGGUCGGCUUCAUCUUUGGGUGACGGACGGUGCACGUGUGCAUGAUGCUGGGCCGAUAUCCGAUGCAGCUGAUGACGCUGCUGCCGGUUCCCUGUUGUAUAGCAGUGGGGGCGGUCUGAUUUCGCUUUACGAGAAUAAGAGUGAGGGGUCAUACGGUCUUGUUGCUGUGCACGUGACUACGCAGCUGGAGCGGAUAGAGACUGUGGUGAAGAGGUGGCAGGAGUUGGAUGAAGCCUUAAGAACGUGCAGACCCACUGCCACUAUCGACCCGGUGAGAAGGGGCAUGUGUAUUCGUUCCAUUCUUACUGACGGGCUUGUUGGCUAUUUGUCUGGUCUGUUAGCUGGGAGUGAGUGGAUGGACGAGUACCUCUGCGUGAACGCGACUGUUCAUGGGACGGUGAGAGGGUUCUCCAAUGGAGUGACGUUUGAAGGACCCGGAGCAGGGGCGGGGUGGCCUGUUGCCCGAAGUGGACAGAAUCAACCGUACCAUUUCUUACACAAAAGGUUCACUCUAGUGGUGAUGGCGGUCAUCCACGAUGAGCCGAAGAAACGCACCCCCAUUCCUUUGAUUCGUGUGGUGAUGGAUGACAAUGACAGGACUGUGCUAUUUGGUGUGUUUUACACCCAUGAUGGGAGGUGGAUGACUGUAAUCCAUGGUGGCGGCAGACAAAUACUUUCAUCAGGGUGGGACCCAGAAAAACCGUGUCAGGUGGUGCUGCGACACGACACGGGCCAUUGGGAUUUGUACAUUAACGCGAGGGCGGCUUACCUUGGCACCUACAAGGGGUCUCUUCUCCAAACAAACAGUAUUUCACACAUCCAAUUCCACGGGGAGAGUGGGGAAGUUGCAGAAUCCAGCCAUUUGUCACUCUUCAACGCCCGUUUGUAUAACCGAAGACUCAAUUCCAAGCAUAUGAGAUGGCUCAUGGUCGGCGAGGCAGGCCCAAAAUACGAUGAUGGCAGCUCUUAUUCUGCGAGUGCGUCUGAGGAAGGAAGCAGAGGCGACAGCUCCAUGCCUGCGAGUGCGUCUGAGGAAGGAAGCGGAGGCGACAGCUCCAUGCCUGCGAGUGCGUCUGAGGAAGGAAGCAGAGGCGACAGCUCCAUGCCUGCGAGUGCGUCUGAGGAAGGAAGCAGAGGCGACAGCUCCAUGCCUGCGAGUGCGUCUGAGGAAGGAAGCAGAGGCGACAGCUCCAUGCCUGCGAGUGCGUCUGAGGAAGGAAGCGGAGGCGACAGCUCCAUGCCUGCGAGUGCGUCUGAGGAAGGAAGCAGAGGCGACAGCUCCAUGCCUGCGAGUGCGUCUGAGGAAGGAAGCAGAGGCGACAGCUCCAUGCCUGCGAGUGCGUCUGAGGAAGGAAGCGGAGGCGACAGUUCCAUGCCUGCGAGUGCGUCUGAGGAGGGAAGCGGAGGCGACAGUUCCAAUUCUGAAAGUUCAUCGCAGAAGGAAAGUGAGGAGGUGAGCUUUGUGCAUGAGAAUGUGUCUUGGGUGCUGUUACUUCUGCUGGGGCUUUGGGUUUUUGCGGCUCUUUACUGA